AUGAGUGACGCUCUAGAAGAAGUCGCGGAAAUGAAUAACGUGCUGACGGGCGAAUGCAGAAUACCUCAGGAGCUAAUUUUGGACGACAUCGAGAACUGCUGGCCGCGGUGGCAAAGAUUUAAACAAUCUUUUAACAUAUAUAUUUUGGCGGCCGGCUACGAGAAACUGGCGGUGACAAGGAAAUCGGCUAUCCUAUUAAAUUGCAUCGGCCAGCAAGCUCAGGAUUCAUACCUAAAUACACUGAAGACGGAAGACUCGAACAAGGCAGAACUACAGGAAGUUAUUAGGAUAUUUGACGAUUAUAUCAUACCGAAACAGAACGAAGUCAUAAAUAGUUACAAUUUUAAUAAGAGAAGUCAGGAAGGUGGAGAGUCGUUCGACUUUUUCUACACAUCUGUGAGGAAGCUAGCGGACAACUGUAAUUUUGCUGACCAAAAGAAAAGAAUGUUCCAGAAUAGAAUUGUUAUUGGAAUUCAAGACCGAAGGGUUCAGCAAAAGCUUCAUGAAAUCAAGGACUAA